AUGUUGACGAACGUAGCAGUAGGCGCCUACACGUUCAACAGUUCAGCCCUCCUCAUCAAUUCAUCGCUGAUGCUGACGGCAUUUCUUGCCGUUGAUGGUAAGAACGGCCUGAGUGACCCUUCGGUGUUUUGUUCUUUGACGCUGCCCGGGUUCGAUCCCCACUGGAUCGGUGUCGACCUGGGAAAUGUGUUUCAAAUAUUCUACGCGGUACUUUACGCUGGCUCAAAUAGAGCUGGAGUUGCAACCAAAAACGAUUUGAACUUCUUCAUAGUGGGAGUGAGCAACAGGUCCCUGGAUGUUCACCCGCCAGUGAGAGGCACCUACGAUCUCUGCGCUCAAUAUCCAGGUGUGGUUGCUCCGAAGCAGGUGGUUCAGUUGAAUUGUUCCUCCACUACGCCUCCAGCCAGAUACGUCAUACUGCAACAACCUUCCAACUCUACUGGAUACAUGUCCGUCUGCGAAUUCGAAGUCUAUGGAACACCAUUCGGAACUCAGAGACAGAACUUGCUGCUGCACAAACCAGCCAACUCGAGUUCAACGUACAGCGAGCUCGGCAUACCAAACCAAUGCGGUCCAUUCACCGCAGACUUCGUUGUCGAUGGAUUCCACGACACCCAGCUUUUGAAUUGCCACUGUGGACACAAUAAUGAUUUUGGCAACAAACCGAACUGGUUCGUCGUCGACAUGCUAGAGAUGUUCUACGUCGACUACAUCCUCUUCACGGCUCGUAUCGAAUACUACGGCCGCCACCGAAAUGAUAAUUUUUACGUCGGCUUCUCCAACCAGCCCAGCUCAGUAUCUCCACCAAUCAGAAAGCAGUACCCUCUCUGCGGUCAGUGGCCCGGCUAUGUAGUCCCUGGAUCUGAGGUGCUUAUGAAGUGCAACGCCAAUCUGCCAUCUUUCAGAUAUCUCAUUGCUCAGGGAGCUUUGAAUGCUUUCGAUGGCUUUUUUGCAUCGUGUGAGAUUGAAGCCUACUCCCCCUUAUCUAAUGAUUUUUUGGUUUGGAAAAGAAAGGCAGGCACGUACCUGGCUGGCUACAAGGUGAUGACGCUGACGGUUAGAAGCGCUACUGAGUGCUUCAUUCGCCGUCGUCAGUUCGGCGGAUGUGACUCCAUCAACUUCAACUCCGCUUCCAAGAAGUGCGAACUUAACAGACAUCAAAAUGGAUACUCAGCACCGAGUUCAAAUACAAACUGGGCAUUUUACGUUGUCAACUAUUAUUGA